AUGGACAUCGAAUUCAGCAUUAACGGGGAAUUGUUCAAAAUUAAUCCUAAGGAGGUACCCAUCGAAACUUCUCUGAAUACCUUCAUCCGAGAUUAUGCCCAGUUUAAAGGAACCAAAUUUAUGUGUCUGGAAGGAGGUUGUGGUGCUUGUACAGUUAACGUCACGAGUGUUCAUCCCGUGACCAAAGAAAUCAAGACAUUGGCGGUCAAUUCGUGUCUUCUACCAGUGUAUGCCUGUCACGGACGUGACAUCCUUACCGUUGAAGGCAUUGGUAACAAGAAGAUUGGAUAUCAUCCUAUCCAAAAACGACUUGCCCAAUUCAAUGGCUCACAAUGUGGGUACUGCUCUGGAGGAAUGGUGAUGAGCAUGUUCAGUUUAAUGGAGGCUAACGAUGGAUCAGUGACCAUGCGGGAUGUGGAGGAUGCAUUCGAUGGGAAUGUUUGCCGAUGUACCGGUUAUCGACCAAUCUUGGAUGCAUUCAAAAGCUUCGCCACGGACGCCAGCAAGAGUGUGACGAAGUUGAGCCGAGAUAUUGAAGAUCUUGGAACAGAUUUAAGUAGUUCGAGGAGAGCUUGUAAUGGGAUUUGCAGUAACUCGAAGAGAAGCGAAAAAUUGAUUCGCAGUAUCUGCGGAGAUGGGCGGCAGUGGUUCAAAGUGUAUAAGAUAUCUGAAAUAUUCGAAAUUUUCAAUACGAUUGGGAAUCGACCGUACAUGUUGGUAGCAGGCAACACUGCCCAUGGAGUUUAUCGAAGAAGUGAUAAGUUGGAGGUUUUCAUUGAUAUCAAUUCCGUGGAAGAACUUCAUCAACACAAGAUUGGGAUGGAUCUUACUGUUGGAGGUAGCAGUACUCUUCAUGAGUUUAUAGAGACAAUGGAGCAAGCAACGCUUGGGAACAUAAGGUUCCAGUACAUGAAAAGAGUAAUCAAACAUGUAAGGCUAAUAGCCAACCAUCUUGUGAGAAAUGCUGGAACACUGGCUGGCAAUCUUAUGAUCAAGUCUCAACAUCCUGAUUUUCCAUCAGAUAUUUUUCUUCUGCUAGAAACUAUCGGAGCUAGGUUAAACAUAUUAACCGAAGGCCUACCGAUCAACGUAUCUCCAAGAGAAUUGCUCAUGUUAGAUAUGUUCAAAAAAGUUGUCCAAAACGUGGAUCUUCCGUCACUCGAUCCCACGCAGUGUGUUUUUCGAUCGUUCAAGGUAAUGCCUGUUACCCGAAACAAUCGUGCUUACGUAAAUGCUGGCUUUCUGCUGAAGUUCUGUAGAUCAAGUGAGGUUGUAGAGUCAGCAACGAUUUGUUUCGGUGGGAUAAAUCCAUCCUUCGUUCAUGCCUCGAAAACUGAGGAUUUCCUCAUUGGAAAGCCACUCUUUACCAACGAAACUCUUAACGGAGCGCUUCAAACACUUUCCGACGAACUCGAGCCGGAUUGGGUGCUACCAGAUGCCUCACCAGAGUAUCGGAAGCGUUUGGCUCAAUCUCUGUUCUACAAGUUUCUGCUUAGCAUUGCUUCCGAGAGCUCCAUCGUUCUGAAUGCUCGUUUUAAGAGCGGAGGAACAGUUCUGGAACGACCACUGUCCUCCGGUAAGCAGAGCUACGACACAUAUCCCAGCAAGUGGCCUCUCACACAGUACACGCCUAAGCUGGAGGGAUUGGCCCAAACAUCAGGAGAAGCUGAGUAUGUCAAUGAUGUCCCUAAAAUGCCGAACGAAUUGCAUGCCGCCUUCGUACUGGCAACAGAGAUUCAAUCCCGAAUUGUGAAGAUUGACGCUACGAAAGCGCUGAGUCUGGAAGGAGUUGUAGCAUUCUUUUCAGCUAAGAAUAUUCCAGGCAUCAACAACUUUACGUCCCUUGAGUUGGGCUUUAGUGAAAUUGAAGAAAUUUUCUGCAGUGGAGAGGUAGCGUUCCAUGGACAGCCAGUAGGAGUAGUGGUAGCAGAAACCUUUGAAUUGGCCAAUCAUGCAGCUCAAUUGGUAGACGUGUGCUAUGAAAGGAUUGCCAAUGAAAUGGUUUACAUAACCCCAAAAGAAGUUCUUGAGGCCAGAUCGGACAACCGAAUCAUCAACCAAAACUUUGAUCGACAUGGAAAAGAUUACAGAACUGCUUCCGAAGGACCUAUCAAGAUCAAAGAUCAGAUGGAACUUGGAGGACAGUACCAUUACUCUAUGGAAACGCAGACCUGCUUCUGCGUUCCUAUUGAAGACGGUAUGGACAUCUAUGCUUCUACGCAAAGUACGAACUUCAUGUUGGCAGCUGUUUCGCAAGCAUUGAACGUUCUGGAAAACAGUUUGAACAUCAGUGUUCGCCGCGUUGGUGGGGCCUACGGCGCAAAAUUGUCGCGAUCUUCUCAAAUUGCAUGUGCCUGUGCGGUGGCUGCACAUCUGCUGCAACGACCCGUACGAAUGCUACUGAAAUUGGAGACCAACAUGUCCGCCAUCGGGAAACGAUCUGGAACAUUUUCCGAAUAUCAAGUUAACGUGGAUCGGAAUGGUAAAAUCAACAGAUUAUCGAAUACGUACACUCAAGAUGGUGGAGCCGUUUUGAAUGAACCGUUGGCUUUCCUCACAAGUGACUAUUUCAAAAAUUGCUAUCGAACCGAUACAUGGAGCUUGAUUGGUAAUAUGGCACGAACCUAUGUAGCCACGAAUACCUUCUGCCGCGCUCCAGGAACCAUGGAGGGUAUUUCGAUGGUAGAGAACAUCAUGGAGCACAUUGCACAUGUCACAGGAAAGGAUCCCCUAGACGUUCGCAUGAUGAACAUUUCCAAACAAAAUAAGAUGUACGAAUUACUGCCGAAGUUUCGUAAGGACGUAGAUUUUGAUGAACGUCGCAAGACCGUGGACAUGUUCAACAUACAAAAUCGUUGGCGCAAGCGCGGUAUUUCUAUCAUCCCCAUGGAGUACCCGAUGGAGUAUUCUGGUACGCUAAAUGCCUUGGUUUCCAUCUAUCAUAUCGACGGAUCCAUAGCGAUUACUCAUGGGGCAAUUGAAAUGGGACAAGGUGUCAACACAAAGGUAGCUCAAGUAGCUGCUCACAUUCUGGGCAUUCCGUUGUCAAAGAUAUCUGUCAAACCCAGCACCACGUUGACAUCUCCAAACUGUGCCCCAUCAGUUAACAGCAGGACUAGCGAGAAUGCUGCAUUUGCUGUGAAGAGAUGCUGCGAAAUGCUUCUGGAUCGCCUGCGUCCUAUCCGACAAGCUAACCGUUUCGCAUCCUGGGAAGAAGUCAUCAACCGGGCGUUCAUAACCAAUAUCGAUCUUUCAGCUACUUACUUCUAUGAGCCAUCCGAUCUGAAGGCCUAUAUCAUCUGGGGCUUGACUUGUGCCGAAGUCGAAGUGGAUGUCCUUACCGGGAACGUUCAAGUUUCCCGUGUCGAUAUCCUGGAAGAUGUUGGCGAAAGUAUGAGUCCCGGAAUCGAUAUCGGCCAAAUUGAGGGUGCGUUUAUAAUGGGUUUGGGAUAUUAUCUGACAGAAGCACUCGUGUACGACCCAUCCAAUGGAGCACUGGUGAACAAUCGCACCUGGAACUACAAGGUACCCGGGGCGCACGAUAUUCCGAUCGAUUUUCGCAUUCAGUUUCUUAAGGGCAGUUCCAAUCAGUACGGGGUGUUGCGGUCCAAGGCAGUUGGAGAACCGGCGCUCAGUAUGAGUCCGGUAUUGACGUAUGCGUUGAGGUAUGCACUGCGGUCGGCGCGGAAAGAUGCUGGGUUACCGGAUGAUUGGAUUCCAAUUGGAUCUGGAACUACACCGGAGAAAAUAUUUUUUAUGGCUGGAAACUCCAUUGAACAAUACAAACUUGACUAG